AUGAAGCUGCUCAAGAGCCAGAUUGAACACAAGACGGGCGCCGGCUUCGCCACGCUGUUGCCUGAGGAACCUGAGGAUAUGUGGCAUGCCUACAACCUGAUCCAAGAGCACGACCAGAUCCGCGCGAAAGCAGUGCGCCGCGUCUCAAAGACAUCCGAUGCCGGCUCCACCUCAUCGCAGCGCAUUACCCUUGAUCUCACCAUCACCGUUACCUCGACCGACUUUGACAUUGGCUCCGAACAGCUGCAUGUGUCUGGCCGUGUCGCAAAGGAAAAUGAGCACGUCAAGCUGGGGCAGCACCACACACUGGACCUGGAGCUCAACCGCAAGUUCACGAUAGAAAAGGCAGACGGCUGGGACAGUAUCGCUCUUGAGCAGCUUAAAGAGGCAUGCGAUGCCUCGAAACGUGCAGAGCUGUGGGCAGUCGUGCUGGGCGAAGGCGUCGCAAACAUAUGCAUGAUUACAGAACACCAGACUAUUCUGCGCCAGAAAGUCGAAGUCCCUGUGCCCAGAAAACGUAGGGGUGGCGUCGACGGCCACAGUAAAGGCAUGGAGCGCUUCUUCUCCACAACUCUCUCUACACUCCUCCGCCAAAUCGACCUCCCAAACGCUUCAAACUCAACGCAAGGCAAAACACUUCCCUUGCUCCUCGCUAGCCCCGGCUUCGUCGCCACAGCCUUUCUCCAGUACAUCAAAGAAGAAGCAACAAGAACAACAAACAAACCGCUCAUGGCUUUAGUACCUUCUAUCAUCGUCGCGCAUUCCUCAUCAGCCCACAUACAUUCCCUAAACGAAGUUCUCUCCUCCCCAGCCAUCACCGCAAAACUCUCAGACACCAAAUUUGCCCGUGAGACAGCCCUCAUGGACAAAUUCAACACACUGAUGCGCCUCGAUGAUGGCCGCGCAUGGUACGGCCCCCGCGAGGUGGAACGUGCAGUAGCAAAGGGAGCUGUUGGGAGAGGCGGUGGCGUGCUUCUAAUUAACAAUGUACUUUUCCGCGCGCAAAACGUCAAGGAGCGAAGGAGAUGGGUUAAGCUGGUUGACCAAGUACGAGACGUAGAAGGGGGUGAGGUAAGGGUUCUUAGCUCACUGCACGAGAGUGGCAAGAGAUUGGAGGGGCUGGGCAAUGUCGCUGCUAUAUUAACGUAUCCCCUCGAGGAUUUAGACGAGGAAGGGGAUCCGGGUGAUGAAGCUGGUGUUGGGGAUGAGGAACAGGGCGAGAUGGUGAUUUAG